ACAAAAAACACUCUCCCAUUGUCCCAAGUGAAAUAAAUGACAGCGAUGCAGUUGUUUCCCAAUCGUAAACUUAUAACCCUGAACUAUCUGUACAAAAACAAAACACUCACAAACACGAAUGCCCCCAUUUUCCUCGCCAUCCUGAGUUUUCCACCUUCCUCCAUUCCUCUAUAGCCUUUUUAGCUGUCCUAUAUAUAGUCAAACCUAGAUUGGAUCUUUGCUCGAUCUGGGUCUUUCGUGUUCCGUACCCGUAUCGAUCUGGUUCCUUUUCAGACUGUAUUCCGACCAUUCUUCUGAGGCUUUUAGUAUUUUGGUUCAGAAAGACAGACGGAUAUGUUCCUCAUUGAUUGGUUCUAUGGCGUGCUCGCAUCGCUUGGCCUGUGGCAGAAAGAGGCCAAGAUUCUUUUCUUGGGUCUCGACAAUGCUGGCAAAACCACUCUUCUUCACAUGUUGAAAGACGAGAGACUAGUGCAACACCAGCCAACCCAGCACCCCACUUCGGAGGAGCUGAGCAUUGGGAAAAUCAAGUUCAAGGCUUUUGAUUUGGGUGGCCACCAGAUCGCUCGCAGAGUUUGGAAAGAUUACUACGCUAAGGUGGAUGCAGUGGUUUACCUCGUCGAUGCUUAUGACAAGGAUAGGUUUAUGGAAUCAAAGAAGGAGCUGGAUGCCCUCCUUUCAGAUGAAUCCCUAGCUAAUGUUCCAUUUCUUGUGCUUGGUAACAAGAUUGAUAUUCCCUAUGCAGCUUCAGAAGAUGAGGUACGCUAUGCUCUUGGGCUGACGAAUUUCACAACUGGCAAGGGAAAGGUGAAUCUUACAGAGUCCAGUGUCCGUCCUCUAGAAGUUUUCAUGUGCAGUAUUGUUCGCAAGAUGGGUUAUGGUGACGGCUUCAAGUGGCUCUCCCAAUAUAUCAAGUAGAAGUAGAGUAGGGUGAUAACAAAGUUGUUCUGUAUUCAGGUGGUAACCUUUCUGAAAGUAUUUAUUUUUUAAUUCAAUUUCUAUUUCCUUGCCUCUUUUGUUGACUUUAUUUUGUUAUCACUGGCGUUUAUGGACAGAAUCAUGACUCAGAAAAACACUUUGUUAUGGUUCAAUUUUACUUA